UGUUAUGACUGUUAUGUGCACCUUUACUCUCGGGGUCCAGGGCAAGGCUCUGCUCUUUAUCUUUGUUCUUGGACUUGGAGGAACCUUCCAGCUUGGAAACCACCUCACCCUGAUUAGCUCUCCAACCAUGUUCAUUAAAGAGUUUAUAAACAGCAGCUGGACACAGCGGUAUGGUGGCGCUCCAGGAGAGAGUACAGCUGGAAUGAUUUGGUCUGCUGUAGUGGCCUCUUUUGGUCUGGGGGGUCUCAUUGGUGCCAUUAGUGUUCAGUGGGUCACCAACUACCUGGGGAGAAAGAGAGCUAUGAUCUGGAACAAUGCCAUCAACAUUGUCGCGUCAAGCACCAUGUACACAAGCAGACUCGCAAACUCAUUUGAGAUGAUCAUGCUGUCUCGCUUCCUGUUCGGGUUCACUUCAGGGUUAGGUGGAAGCGUCCAUGUCCUCUAUCUGGGAGAGAGCUCACUCAAGGAAUUAAGAGGGAUGGUCACACUUACUGCUGCUAUUUUUCUGGCCACUGGAAAGCUGACGGGGCAAAUCAUGGGCCUGAGUGAGCUCCUGGGCCGGGAGGAGUUCUGGAAUAUUCUGCUCUGUGUUCCAGCGUUUUUCUCCGUGAUUCAGAUGGCAACGCUGCCUUUCUUCCCUGAAGCACCAAGAUACUUACUGAUAGAGAAGGGUGACACUGAACAGUGUAGGAAGGCGCUGCAGUUUCUCUGGGGUCCGGGGGAGUAUCAGAAGGAGAUUGAGGAGAUGUUGGUGGAGCAGGAGGCUCUGAGAGGACAGCGCAAUAAAACCCUGUGGCAUCUUCUGAAGGACAGGAGUGUACGAUGGCAGCUCCUCACUCUGGUUGUCCUCAAUGAGGGAAUCCAGUUCUGUGGCAACCCUGGGAUAAGCAUGUUUUCAUUCAGCAUCUUCCAGGAAGCAGGAAUUCCUGUGGACAAGAUCCGUUAUGUCACCCUAGGCGUGGGAAUUUCAGAAAUGUUCACCAACCUCACAUGUGGUCUGUUGAUUGACCGUGUGGGGAGGAGAGUGAUGCUUUGGGCAGGUUUUGGAGCCAUGGCAACCAUUAUGGUCUUGAUCACCACCAUGCUUCUACUAAAGGAUUACUCUUUCUGGAUUCCAUACAUCACAGUCAGCCUCAUAUUUCUCUUUAUUAUAUGCUAUGGGGGAGGACCAGCUAGUGUGUCACCGCCCCUCAGCCAUGAGAUGUUUGUACAGUCAUAUCGAUCUGCUGCAUUUGUAUUCAAUGGAUUCAUCAAAUGGGCAAACUUUUCCAUAUUUGGAUUCAUUUUCUCCUUCCUUCUAGCUGGGCUGAAGUCCUUCACCUUCCUCUUCUUCUCGUGUGUGUGUUUGGCUGCAUCUCUCUAUUUCUUCUUCAUCCUGCCUGAAACCAAAGGCAAAACUCCACUGGAGAUCUCAGAGGAUUUUAGGAACAUCCGGGUGUGCAGCUCUACAACCAACGACAUAUGCUUAGAGACAAAGUUGUGAGAACCAACUGUUAAACAGCUCAGAUAUGAAAUGGUAGAUUGUGUAUUUCUGACUGUACGUAACCUACUAAGAGGCUGAAUAUUAAUGUAGAAAUUACGUCUUCCCCUCUUUUUUGUAAUUUACCUUCAGCGUCCUGUACACAUGAUUAGACUCAACAACUGUGUUAAAGCAAAGUAACUGUAACGUGCAAUUCAAGACCAGUUUUAGUUACUAGAGGCAAGCUAUCUAAUAUAGUUACACUUUUACAUAUAUGGCAUUUAUAUGACACUUGGGGGCCCAACAGUGGCAACUUGGCAGCAACUCUCUGAUUACAAGUGCAGUACCUUAACCCCUGAGGCACCACUAUACAGUUCACAGAUACCACAGACAUUUCAGGUGACGUCCAGACAUGUCACUGAGUCAGACCCACUACCACAGUUCUACAAAUAUCAUAUUUGUAGAAAUACACUAAAUAGUACCUGCAAGGGUCACCUGACAUUAAAACUGAAUGUUCUAAUGUACUGGUGCCCCUAUAUAAAACAGAUUGAUUUACGCAGCAAAUGGGUGACUACAUUAUAUCUGAUUGUCAGGAAGAAGAAUUUGUCUUUACACAUAACAUUGGCAGGACUCCGUUCCAAAAUGCUCAAACAGACCAUUUUUUGUUCUGUAUUCCAAAGCAGUGAAUAAAGAGCUUUCUUUGACU